AUGGCCGACAACUCGGCGUUAAUCAGGACCUCUCAGGUCUUAGGCCUCACAGCUUCUGGUCUACUUGCAGGGGGUAUUCUUAACUUUUCGACCGUUCUUGUACCAACUCUCAUGCUCCCUGCGACCAGCAGCAAGCGCACAUUCGACUCUUCGUUCCAGCCAGGUACCCCAGUCUCCCACAUUGCCUCACAGUGGCAUCACGCCUACGGAAUUGGCAAGUCGAUUGCGCCAGUAAUCGCUUUUAUUACUGGCUCUACAUACUCCUAUCUCUCAUAUCAUUUCCGCCAGGGAACCGUCGCUCGUCAAGGCAACGUCAUUGCUGCAAACUACUACCUUCUUGCAGCCCUGUUCACUUUCACCCCAGUGCCAUUCACUUUGUUGAUUAUGAAACCAGUCAACAGCAAAUUGAUCGCCAAGGCUGAUUCUGCGGAAACUGAAGGGCUUCUGGCCCAAAAGGAGAAGGAUGUUAAGGCUGAAUUGAAGGCUUCCCGAGAGGAAGCUGAAGUGCAGAGCUGGUUACAGACCUGGUCUACCUUGAACUUCGUGAGAGGAUUAUUCCCACUUGUUGGCACCAUCUGUGCUGCGAUGGCUACUAUUUCUUAA